AUGAUGUAUCCUGUCUCUCUCCUUGGUUCCGCUCUACUCACUACCAGCCUGGCUCGAGCAAAUCCGUACGCACGCAGUGGUGUUACAAAAUCAGUCCUUCCUUUCCAAGUCAUCAAUAGCACAUCCACGGCUGAAGUGAUUUCAGUCAAGGGCGGACUUGACCUGCCAAAGUUGACUCCUGGUGUUAACGAUACCACCUUUGACUGGUGGUACUUCGAUGCCGUUUCGACUGGCAAGAACGAGUCGGUCACCCUCGUCUUUUAUAACUUUGGUCAGACCACUCUGGCUGUCCCGUAUCUGGAUGGCCCAUUACUUGUACAGGUAACUGGUACAUACGAAAAUGGAACCGCAUUCUCCAAGGCCAUUGCUGCGAGCGGGAAUGCGAAUUUUGAAUCCAGUGACAGGGGCAUCGCCUCCGAAUGGAUAGGAUCUGGCGGCUCCUACUCUUUCACCGGGAGCAGCCUGGACAUUACCAACCCCUCAUACACUAUUUCCAUCGACGAUCCGGAAUCCGGAAUCUCCGGAUCAUUGAAGCUACAGUCGAUUUCACCUUCCCGUUAUCCUUGCGACCUCAACAUACCCGGAGUUACGCAAGAGAUAAUCCCGGACAUAUACUGGUCCAACGCCGUUCCAGAUGCGGACGCGAUCGCAGAGUUUACUAUCGACGGAGAGCCCCUUCAGUUUCAAGGCUACGGCUACCAUGACAAGAACUGGGGAGUGAAGCCUCUGGAAGAGACACUGAAUACUUGGUACUGGGGCCAUGCCCGCGUCGGUCCAUACUCUUUAGUCUGGCUCGACGCCCUUGCCAAGGACGGCAAGGAGCACUUCUCGUCUUGGAUCACCAAAGAUGGUGAUGUUGUGUCGAAGAGCUGCGAGGAACAAUCCAUCGUCGUCCGGCCCUGGGGCGACAAUAGCGCGUACCCCCCUACGACUAACCUGUCAGCCCCAUCUGGUUAUAACAUCCGCUACGAGCUGGGCGAUGGCAAGGCCUUUGUUGCUAACUUCACCGUCGAGGCCGUCACAAUGUCCAUUGGUAUAUACCAGAGGCUCGUUGGACCCAUCGUUGGCGGGAUCGAAGGCGAGGAACAGUACGAAGGAAGAUCAUUGUGCGAGCAAUUUCAGUACUAG